AUAUCAUUCAUAGUACUCUGUGAAUAUUGAUAAUGACGGAGCUGUCACGAGGUACAAUAACUUACUAAAUUUUAAUAGAGUUCUCUAUAGAUAAGUGAAAUUUGGUCAAGACUAUUCGACCAUCGCCCGUUUCUUAAUGGUGAAAUAAAGUUUAUGCUAAAGGAAUUUGAGGAAAAACGAGGCGACAGAGAAGUUGAAAACUUGUUUGUCAUUCUUGAAAAUUUAACAGACAUCAAGGAUACACAAGCAGAGAAGACCAUAAAAAGUUCAACAGCAGCGCUGCCUGUCCUAAGAGAAAAGUUAGAGCAAGCAUUAAAACUUUCUCAAGAAAUUGAAACGGGAUAUCUUGAAUUACAAAAGAUUAAUAAGCAGAAAAAAAUUGAGAAUCGAGAGAAAAGGCAGAAGGAAUGGGACCAAUUCAUUGAUGACAUGAACUUCAAAUGCCAAAGAAUUGACAAUACAUUUGAAGAAAAGGAAGAAGAAUUGAGGGAUUUAUACGCAGAUUUGAAUCACAAACUUAAUAUAACAAACAAAUAA